AUGACUUCAACGUAUACUGCACCACAAAACCUGCAGAAAGUCGAUGCAUUCUUUAAAGAAACACCCGCUAAACAAUGGGGCGACUUUGCUGCAUUUACACGAAAACAACCAUCCAAUACCGUUGGCAGUAUUUUAUCUCGAUACUCCGGAUCUUUAGUUGCACUUAGUAAAGAAUCGAUCGUGCCAGAAAAUGUUCGAGAAUAUUGUAUUGAAUUACAUAAAGCAGCUACUUCUUCGAGGAAAGAACACUUCAAAGAAAUUGUGAAGCAUGUCAUCAAGGUCAAGACAACAGAGGAUCGGAUAGAUAGAUUGAAGAAGGAAGUUACAGCAAAAGCUGAACUUGCAGGUGGCACGCACGUCGCUGUAGCUCUUGAUAGCUGGUUUCUUGAAGAAAAAGAACAGGCGCAGGAAGCACAAAACAACUUGGAGGAAGACCAAUCUCAAGACAAGUUUACCACUCCUCCUCUAACGCCAGUCAAUGCUACUAAACUAUUGAUCUCACCAAACAAGCGGGUGAUGUCAGACGAGGGCAUGCAACAAUAUAUGCAUGACGUCAACAUCAUCUUGGCUGAUGAUAUGACACUGGCAGAACUAACAGCUGAAGUGGGUGAGGAGACAGAAAAGGGGAUUACCUCUAGACGAAGUACCAGUCCUGAUAUAUGGAUAGCUACCAAGGACAUGGCUAUCGAAAAAACCACUGAUGACAAUGUGAACCUCUUCAAAUUGUAUUGCAAGAAGGUUUUAGAAGACUUCUUCAACAUGGUGGAUCUGUAUCCUAACAUGAGCCGCAAAAUUGGAGAACGCAAAUAUUUGGCAUACCAUGUGGUUCCUCUCUUUAAGUUUUAUGAGAAGACCUUCGGUUCAAUUGACUUCGAUUGGGCUGAAACGCACGUGACCUCCGCAAAAAUGAUGAAAUCGGAAGAGGAUUCUGGGAUUGUGCUGGCUGAUGCAAAGGGGACGCGGAUGCUAGAUGGACUGGAAGUAUGGCAUCUUGAAGUUGCUGGGCCUCCCAAGAAUUGGACAAGUCGUCAUGUACUUGGUGAUUCCAAGAAAACGUUGCGAACGGACACCCUCAACCUAUUAAGAAUUCUAGAGGACAGGCUAGAUUGUGAUGUCGCUCUUGCUAGCAGGAUACAGGUGUUUUCAAUGCUAGGUAUCGAUACACGAAUCACAUUAUAUUCCUUAAGGAUGCUUCAGGAUGGACGAUUUCUUGCAGCAGAGCUGGCUACGGCAAUCGUCCCAUUUACUUAUAGCGGAAGGAUGCAGAUGAAGGCAGUGCUACGAAUGAUGGCUAUAGUACAUGACGAGUUGACGAAGCAAGAAGAGCUAAUAGAAGAAAUCGAUCAUUAUGUUCAACGUCCUCAAGGAAAGGUUACUGUACGCGACGUUCUGCAGGUACCAAAAAGAAUAAGAACAAAGUAG